UGCGAGUUUUUGGUUAACCUGUACACCUGUCAAUUAUCUAAAUAAGGUGCCAAACUAUAUUGGGGAUGAAUCAACAACUCAAAGGAAAAAGAAGAAUAUGUGCCAAGUGUAUAUAAACUAAGUGUCGCCAACACAAAACCGGAAAAAAUGAGUGAACCAAAACGUGUAAAACUCGAUAGUGAAGUGCUCUAUCCAAUAUUAUCUGAAGAUUUGACUGAAGAUACGCCUUUAAUUGAAGUGUACUAUGAUACAAUAGCAGAUCCAAAAAAUAUUUCGAAAGUUAUUCUCAGCAUUAAUACUGUGUGUCCUAUUUUGGACUUGACGCAUUUGAAAAGAGUGAGAGGGAGGGAUAUUUUGAUUUUUCCCACGGAGGGUAUAGAUAAAGAUAAUGUUAGAAGUAUGUUGGAGGGGAAACAUUUUGAUGUUACUCUUUUGGAGGGAAAUUUUAGAACCACAUUAGUAGCCAAAAUACCUCCUAGGGUUAGAAGACAGUAUGAUAAAGUACAUAAGCUUUGGCCUUGCAACUUUCAUAGCAACAAAUAUUUGGAAAAGCUGUCCACAAAUACCCUUUUUAGUUCUCAAGAAUUGCAACAGCAUGUUGAUUAUAUAAAGUUAUGUAUUGAUAUAGCCCAAAACUUUGAGAAAAAAAUUGGAACAAUAUUUGUAGAUCCACAAAUUAACUCCGUAGUAUCCAUAGGCUAUAGCCAAGAAUUAGAAGGACCAUGCAGACAUUCUAUCAUGGUGGCUAUAGAUAAUGUAGCUAAAACCCAAAAUGGAGGUACAUGGAACCUAGAAAUAUCUCCCAAAAACGAAUCCGAAUUAGAUUUAAGGGGAAUCCCAAAUAACAUCCUCCCAACCCUCCAAAAUAAUCACAAAAAUGUAUCAUUUGGAGCUUCAAAAUACAAAGCGAAAGACGAACUCGAGGUGCCUACAGACGGCCCCUACUUGUGCACAGGUUACUACGUUUACAGCACUCACGAGCCGUGCGUAAUGUGCGCGAUGGCCCUAAUACAUAGCCGUGCGAAAAAGGUGUUUUACGGCGCGCCGUCCAGUAAUGGUGCUUUAGAAACGUUGUGUAAAAUACAUACUGUCAAAGAUUUGAAUCAUCAUUAUGAAGUUUUCGGUGGUUUGUUAAGGACUGAAUGCGAAAAAUUAUAAAGUGUUGGUUUGUCUAACUUUUAAAAUUUGUUAUCCUUGGCAUUAGAAAAGUGCAACAAGUGAGGAAAAUACCUAAUUGAUUUUUAACGAGCAUUAGUUUCAUGCACGAGCGUAGCUAGAAUGCGAGUUUAAAAUCGACGAUAAUUCACGAGUUGCGCAUAUUAUUUUUUUCCACAAUCAAAUAAACGUAAAUCAUUAAACUCCGUUAACAUUAACAUCUCUCAAAAGAAAUUAAUGAAAAUUAUUUAAUAGUAGUUCCAAAUGUAAACAAUGUUCAAACUCAUAUUUAUGUCGCACAAUGUCCUAUUAAUUAACACCCAUUUCAUUCUUAAAAUAAAACGGUGG